CGUGACCGCGGUGUCACGUGAGCGGCUGCCGGUGGGCUAUGGCGGAGACGGACGUGCUGUUGCCCGGGGAGGCCGGCGAUCGAAGCCGCCAGUCGGGUGACGAUGGUCCGAGUCCGGGUUGUGCCGCGGCCUUGUGUGACCCCCGGCGGUGGCCGCACCGCUUUGUGGUGCUGGUCUUCAUGUGUUUCCUGGGUUUCGGUAGUUACUUUUGCUAUGAUAAUCCAGCUGCUUUGCAGACUCAAGUUCUGAGUGAUAUGAAAGUUGAUACUUUCAAAUUCAUGCAACUGUAUGCGUGGUAUUCUUGGCCGAAUGUUAUCCUCUGCUUUUUUGGUGGGUUUUUACUAGACAAAGUAUUUGGAGUGCGCUUGGGAACAAUAAUCUUCAGUUUGUUUGUCUGUGUUGGACAAGUUAUCGUUGCUGCUGGAGCACUGUUGAAUGCAUUUUGGCUAAUGGAGCUGGGGCGAUUUGUCUUUGGAAUUGGUGGGGAAUCACUUGCUGUUGCACAAAACACGUAUGCAGUUAGCUGGUUUAAAGGCAAAGAGCUAAACCUUGUAUUUGGGCUGCAACUAAGCAUGGCCAGACUGGGUAGCACUGUGAACAUGAACAUUAUGGGGUGGAUCUAUGGAAGAGCAGUGAAGAUGGUGGGCUCUGUAGGUCACAGCACGCUUGGUAUAAGUCUCAUGAUAGCUGCGGCUACAUGUGUGUUUUCCUUGUUGUGUGCGUUUGCCAUUGCUUACUUAGACAAAAGAGCUAAGAGGAUUUUAAAGAAAGACCAAGGAAAAACAGGUGAUGUUGUGAAACUAACAGAUGUAAAAGAUUUCCCUUUAUCCCUCUGGCUGAUAUUCAUCAUCUGUGUUUGUUAUUAUGUGGCCAUUUUCCCAUUUAUCGGACUUGGAAAGGUGUUCUUCAUAGAAAAAUUCAAAUUUUCUCUGAAACAAGCCAGUUUAAUCAACAGCAUUGUGUAUAUUAUCUCUGCUCCAGCUUCACCAGUAUUAGGAUUUCUGGUGGAUAAAGUAGGAAAGAAUGUAUUUUGGGUUAUGUCUGCUGUGCUAAUCACAUUGGCUGCUCAUAUGAUGUUGGCAUUCACCUUCUGGAACCCUUGGAUUGCUAUGUGUCUGUUGGGAGUGUCUUAUUCUUUACUUGCCUGUGCAUUGUGGCCUAUGGUGGCCUUUGUUGUUCCUGAACACCAGCUGGGCACAGCUUAUGGCUUCAUGCAGUCCAUACAGAACUUGGGUCUUGCAGUGAUUGCAAUUGCUGCAGGUUCCAUAUUGGAUUCCAAAGGAUAUCUAUUUCUUGAAGUGUUUUUCUGUGCUUGUCUCUGUGGGGCACUGAUAUCUGUUGUAAUGCUCUACUUUGUGGACUUAUUGACUGAAGGUGAUCUCAAUGUGACUGCAUGGAAGCGUUCAAAACUCCAAGCUGUUGCUGCAGCAGAAUGAGAAUUAGGACUAGCAGCUCUCGGCCAGAACUACACAACCUAUCAUCAAAACAUCAUCUUGAAGAAUAUAUAAAUAUACUUUCAGAUUUUGGAAGAGGGGGUGGAAAGCACUUAUUAGUGGUCUUCAAUUAAUUUAUUUGUAAUCAAUUGUAACAUUGCCAAAUGGGUAGCAAAGACAGCAUUAAAAUAUGUAUUUUCAAUAUUUUGGGAUUCAAAUGUUUAUAGUGUAUUUUCUCACAUUUAAAUGGGAACUAUGAGCUCAAAUUUAGAAUAAUUUUAAUAGUUGUGAAAUGUUACAUCUGGAGCACAUCCUGUGAUAUCUAGUUCUUUUUGAGCUAGUAUUCCACGAGUGGGUAAGUUUUUCGAUUUCUAUGUCAUACGUGUAACCCCUUGUGUAGCAAUAAUUUUAGGCUUGUGUGCUAAUACUGAUGAAGGUAGAAUUUUAUAUUGGGAACUGAUUGAUGCUUACUACUAAAACCAUGCAUUGUUUCCUAAAACAAAUGAAUAACACUUUAUUCUUAAAAAAUAGAUGCUGUCUGUGAAAUAAUUGGAAUGGUUGAGUGUGAGAUACGUUGUUUUAAACAAUCUCAUAUUCCAGUGAACUAAUGCAAGACUGUUGGCCAGUACAUUUUUAUAUUUACUGUUAACUGCAAAUUUAUUAUUUUGAUAUGCAAGUAGAAUUGAUUUUUGGAUCAUUAAAGAAUUUUUCUUUCAACUGAAAAUGAAACUUAAAUCAAAAUCAGAUGUAUUUAAGUCCAUGUGAAACCUUUUGUAUGCUUAACUAAGUUCUCUCUCA